AUGAAUCCCAAGCUCGUCUCACCCAACAACUAUUCACUCAAGAUCAAAAACCGCCUCAAUGCCCAAGCAGAUAGGGAGGACGUGAAUCUCCCAUUCUCGGCGUCCACCACUGAUCGCCAGGCGUGGCGUCUAGUUGUUGAAAAGGAUCUUGGACGCUUGAAGUGGAAAUACCUGAGUUCACAAAGUGAACGAGACUCUCGACCGCAGAAUGUUGUGUCGCGGUUCUUCCUUGGGCUCCCUCUGUCUGUUCCUGAGUUUGAGGCAGCAAAGAGCCCAUCGCAAUCGAUCUCCAAUGGUCUUCGAUUCCAUAGCCGCCUCCAAGUAGCUGGACGUGGCUGCUGGGCCGAUGACUUGAAAUGCAUUGUCUUUGUGACCCCGAUGCUUAUCAUGUCUUGGUACAUCACUGGUGCUGAGAUUGACGAAGCUUAUGCCAUUGAGUUAGUCAAUUAUCUUUUCAGCAUUCAGGACCCAACAGACGGCGGGUUUCCGACGUACAUAGGAGGGAAGACAACCCUCAUGGGCACCAUGUUGAUUUAUGUUGCUCUGCGUCUGAUCGGUAUACCCUCUGAUGAGGAGCGUCUCGCCAAAGCAAGAACAUGCUUCUUGAAAAUGGGCGGUGCAGCGUACCUACCUAGCUGGGCAAAGUUCUGGUUCUCUCUUCUUGGCUUGUAUGAGUGGGAAGGAACCGAUCCCUAUCCCGUCGAAGUCUGGCUCCUCCCUGAGUGGACACCGAUUAGCCCAUGGAGAUGGUUCAACAUCGUACGCCAGGUGUACUUACCAAUGUGCUACCUUUCCAGCAGAAGGUUCACCAUUCCAUCAAACCCUCUUAUCGAUGAAAUUAAAACAGAACUAUUCACUGAGCAAUAUUCUUCUCUCAAUUUUGCUUCACUCCAGGGAACCGUCCUCGAGUGCGAACGUCAUCAGCCGCAGAGCCGCGUUCUGCGCACAGUUAACUGGGCAUUAUCCAAGGUGUGGAAUCCAUGGUUGCGCCCCAGAGCUCUGGCUGAAAAUGCCGAGCAAAGAGCUUUGGCAAUUAUCAAGGCAUCGGAUAACACUUUUAACGGUACUGGAUUGAUUAGCGUAGACUGUUUCUUGAAUAUGAUUGUUUUCUAUUGUGAGGAAGGACCCAACUCUAAGAAGCUGAAACAAAAUCAAGAUAGAAGUCUUGAAUAUCUUUGGUUCAGUCCACAAGGGAUGCAAGUCCAGAGCAUUCAUGGUGCACACGCAUGGGAGACAUCUCUCGCCCUUCAAACCUUUGUAAUGUCAGGGCUUUCAGAACAUCCGGACCUGAGAAGUUGCACCGAAGAUGCCUACAAAUUCCUGCUUGAGCAGCAGCUACUCGAGGACUGGCCUGACUCACCUCCGUGCCAUCGCCCCAGUCGCUUAGGUGGGUGGCCGUUCACCACGAGAUAUAGUGGGUCAACCUGUUCAGACUGUACUGGGGAGGCAUUGAAAGCAAUUCUGCUUCUCGAAAGUCAGACAAACAUUCCUCGACUUAGCACCGAGCAGAAUAUACGGCUAGGAAUCGAUAAUUUGCUCAUGAUACAAAACGCGAGUGGAGGAUAUAGCGCCUUCGAGCCCAUUCUCAGUGGCCCGUUCCUGGAAUGUCUGAAUGGGACCGAGCUUUUUGCCAACGUAAUGACGGAGCACGAUUACACAGAAUGUACUUCUUCUUGCAUCACAGCACUGAGUCUGUUCCGAAAGCGUGAUGGCACUUACCGCGCAGAGGAGGUGGUCCACGCUAUUGACCGUGGUGUUGACUUUAUCCAUCAAAAUCAACAUUUCGAUGGGGGGUGGCUUGCAUCCUGGGGAAUCGCUUACACCUACGGUGCCUUCUUCGCCAUGGAGGCUCUUCACUGUGUCAAUGAAACAUAUGAAAACCAUGCUGUUGUCAAACGGGGGUGCGACUUUAUCCUUGACAAGCAAAAAGAGGACGGUGGAUGGGGGGAAACCAUCGAGUCCAUUCUCCAGAAAACCUAUAUUCAAGCAGAAUCUUCCCAUGUAGUUCAGACAGCAUGGUGCUGUAUCGCACUAAUAUAUGCUGACUAUCCCGACCCAGAGCCAAUCCGACGAGGUAUUCAGCUUAUAAUGAGCCGGCAAAAGCCAAAUGGCGAAUGGGAACAGGAAGCAGGUGUAGGGGCAGGCAUCUUCACGUGUCAGCUCUUUUAUUACAACUAUAUUUACUGCUUUCCUAUCAGGGCCAUUGCCCUGUAUAGAGAGAAAUAUGGUGACGAUAAGCUUCUCUGA